CUGCAUUAUUGCUGAGAUUGUAUUUCUAUUUCUAAACUAACCUGCCGCCCCUGUGGAUCCUUUGGCCUUUGAAUUCCCUUGGACCUCCAGAGCUUCUCCUUGCAUUUAUCCUUCCCAUUCGCGACCGCGUUACCCAGGCUCAAUGGGCAGCAGGAACAAGAAGGAUAGAGAUACCUCAUCGUCUUCCAAGCGAAGGCAUAGAGAAUCGGACUAUUCCGACUCUGAUUCCUACUCGGACGAUUAUGAGAGCCGCGGCUCAUCCCCUAGGAGGAGCUCUGGCAAGCAUAGAGAAAGGAGUAGCCGUAGCCGAAGCCGAAGCCGAAGCAGACACACUCGCAUCAUUAGUCGCCGGAGCAGGAGUUAUAACGAGUCUGAUGAUAGCGAUAGGAGCGAUAGCGAUCGCGGGCGGAAGAAGAAGAGCUCUUCGAGGAAGGUCACUGAAGAAGAAAUUGCUGACUAUUUGGCGAAGAAAGCUCAGAGGAAGGCUAUGAAAGUCGCAAAAAAAUUGAAGGCACAUUCUGUGUCUGGCUAUUCCAAUGAUUCGAAUCCAUUUGGUGAUUCCAACCUCAAUGAGAAAUUUGUUUGGCGAAAGAAAAUUGAACGUGAUGUUUCCCAAGGUGUGCCAUUGGACAUGUUCUCUGUUAAAGCUGAGAAGCAGAGGCAGAGAGAAAGAAUGGCGGAGAUUGAAAAGGUGAAAAAGAGAAGAGAGGAAAGGGCAGUUGAAAAGGCACAACAUGAGGAAGAAAUGGCAAUGUUGGCUAGAGAACGAGCUAGGGCUGAGUUCCAAGACUGGGAGAAGAAAGAAGAGGAGUUUCAUUUUGAUCAAAGCAAAAUCAGGUCUCAUAUCAGAUUGCAAGAAGGACGAAUGAAACCUAUAGAUGUCCUGUCAAAGCACCUCAAUGUCUCAGAUGAUUUGGAUAUAGAAAUAAAUGAGCCAUACAUGGUUUUCAAGGGUCUGACAGUAAAGGAGAUGGAAGAGCUUCGUGAUGACAUCAAAAUGCAUCUGGACAUGGAUAGGAAAACUCAGACGCAUAUUGACUAUUGGGAGGCACUCAUGGUGGUUUGCAACUGGGAGCUGUCUGAAGCUCGGAAAAAGGAUGCACUGGAUCGGGCUAGGGUGCGUGGGGAGGAACCUCCGGCUGAGUUGCUUGCAGAAGAAAGGGGUCUGCACUCUAGCAUUGAAACAGAUGUGAGGAAUCUCUUAGAAGGGAAGACUUCCAGUGAGCUUGAUGCAUUACGGUCCCAAAUUGAGUCACAAAUGAGUUCUGGCACAGCAAAGGUAGUGGAGUACUGGGAAGCUGUUCUCAAACGGCUACAGAUCUACAAGGCAAAGGCUUGUUUGAAGGAAAUUCAUGCUAAGAUGUUGCGCAAGCAUUUACAACGCCUUGAGCCCCCUCUGGAGGAUCAUGAUAAGCUGGAAAAUGAUCAUAGUUUAAGGGCUAGUGAGGAGGAGAAUGAGCAUGAUAUAAAAGAUGCUGAAACAUUCUCUCCAGAACCUAUGAUGGAGGAGGAGAUUCAUGAGGCAGAAGAAGCUGGAUCAUUUUCUCCUGAGCUGCUACAUGGUGAUGAAAAUGAAGAAGCAAUUGAUCCUGAAGAAGAUAGAGCCAUACUGGAAACAAAACGUAUGGCAGUGUUAGAGGAGCAACAAAGACGAAUUCAAGAAGCCAUGGCAUCAAAGCCGCCUCCAUCAGAAGAUAACUUUGAGAUGAAAGCCAUAAAAGCUAUGGGGACCAUGGAGGAAGGUGAUGCGGUAUUUGGCUCUGGGGCUGAAGUGAAUCUGGACUCACAGGUAUACUGGUGGCACGACAAGUACAGACCGCGAAAGCCCAAGUAUUUCAACCGUGUUCACACUGGAUACGAAUGGAACAAAUACAAUCAGACUCAUUAUGAUCAUGACAAUCCACCUCCAAAAAUUGUGCAAGGAUAUAAAUUCAAUAUAUUCUACCCAGACCUUGUUGACAAGACAAAGGCUCCAACUUAUACCAUUGAGAAGGAUGGGAACAGUGACGAGACCUGCAUUAUAAGGUUCCAUGCCGGGCCACCUUAUGAAGAUAUAGCAUUCCGGAUUGUAAACAAAGAAUGGGAAUACUCUCAUAAGAAGGGAUUCAAGUGCACAUUUGAACGUGGAAUUUUGCACGUCUACUUCAACUUCAAACGUUACCGUUACCGGAGAUAAUCCCUUAGAAAAAUAUUGCAAUUUUGUCCUGAAUCUGUAUAUUGCAUUAUGAAAUUUACGAAACAGUUCAUUUAUGUUCUUGUAACAUUGUUAAUGUAACAUGUUUUUUAGUGGGUAUAAAAGAGGAACACUUGCACUAUUAA